AGCAGCCACGUACACAUAGGACCAAGACGGUGGAUCUUAUCACACGAGAGAUACUUUGACGGGAAGGCGUACGUGUGGAAGGUUCCCCUGAAACGCAUCGCGCCCGUACAACACGACAGAGGGCAGGGAGCAGCAGCAACUUUUAUAGCAGGCUCGAGUGGAGCAUGCGGCGGCAGCGACGCCAAGGCUGCUCAAUGGCUUUCGUUUGCAUACUGCUAGUAAUAAGCCUCAUAGGUGGAAGUGAAGCCUUCAUCGUUCCUGGGAGUAGGAUAAGACCAAUACCGUCCAUCCCCUCUUUUUCGUCUCCAGCCUCCUCCUCCUCUAGAAGAAGUUUCCAACCGCCCACGACGGCCCUCUCAUCUCCCUCUCGGCGCUUCCCAUCCUUUGCUUCUCGACGACUGGGCGGAAGGAGCCUCACCAUGCUGAAGGAGCCCCAAGGCAGCGACGCUUUUGCCCGCGUGGUGGAGAAGGAAGGAAAGCUCAGUCCCCUCGCCAAGCUCCAUUCUGGGCCGGCACAAAUCUUGAAGGUGACCACCGUGCCCCUGGCCGCAGUGGGAGGAUUUCUGGCCACGCCCAAGGGUGCCGGCGGCAUGUUCCGUGUCUUUGGGGGCCUGGUUGGGGGCUUGGUCUUGAAGGAAGUGAACUCCAAACUCCGGACCAUGCGGCAGGCCGGCGCGGAGGUGGCGGUGGCCCGCUUGCUCCUCGACUACGAAUCGGACAUCGCCUCGUUGACACCUUCGGCCGUGAAGGCCGUCACGGCCAAGUACGACGUGAACUACGCGGAGCAUUUGGAAAUCAUGCGGACCCUGUAUACCUCCUUCUUGGUGGCCAUGUUGCAAUGGCCCCAAGUCCGGAUGCAGGAGCCCGCGUCCUUGAUGGACCUGUCCGCCGCCUUGGGCCUCGACUCCUCCACGAUUGGCGACGCGCACUGUGCGGCCGCGGAGGAAGUGGCGCGGAUGCUGGCGGAGGUGCCCUUGGAGGAGCGGGAGGAGGCCUGGGAGCAGGGCAUGGUGGGAAAGCUCCUCUUCCUCUCGGACCGGCUCUAUGCCCAGCUGGAGGAGGAGGAAACCCGGGAGUAUGAGUUGGGAAGGGUGACGGAGGUGCUGGGGCUGACCCCUAAGGAAGGGGAGGAGCGCGUCCGCAGCUUGGUCUUGCCGUACUACACGAACAUUGUGCAGAACGGGGUGACAGCCCUGCGCACGGGGGAGGCCCAAGGCGGCCCCAGGGACGGGCCCACGCUCUUGGAGUGGCGACAGAGCCUGGGGGUCUCGGAAACACAAGCCAACGGCUUGCACGCUCAGGUGUUCGCGGAGGAGGUGACGCGGUGCCUGGAGGCGGGGCAAGGCCGGAUCCGGGACGGCGACAUGGAGCGGUUGAGCAGCCUCCGCAAGUUCCUGGGAAUCACGUCCUUGGACGCCGAACGUGUCUUGGAAGGGGUGACGGCGCCCAUGCUUCGACAAGCGAUCGUGGAGAUGCUGACGCGGUUGACCUCCACCCCUUCGGACACAUGGCCCGAGGUGCUCGGGCACGUGCGGCAACGCCAGAAGGAGCUGCACAUGGUGGACUCCGCCCUCGUCUUCCACAUCAAGGACGUGUACCGGGAGCGGUUGAAAGGCCUGGUCCAACAGGCCAACGACGCGGCGCUGCCCUUGGAAACAGCGGCCACCGCGGCGGCGUUGGGGGAGGCAGGGGGCCCACCGGGCCUGGCGGAGACGGCCUCGAAGCUGUGCAAAUCAGUGGGUGCGGCCAUGCUGCUCAUGCGCCUGAUGCGGGAAUUCUUGGAGGUGAACAAAUUGGAGGACGUGAUGGACGAAGACCUCUUCCACCUCUCCUUCCUGGGCCUGUUGCCGGGGGAAAUGACCCAGCGGGAGCGCGAGAUCACCUUCAGGCAGUACGUUGCGGCGGUGGUGGAGGCGAAGCUUGUGGACGACGAGGGGGGGAACAUCAACGCCCUGGGCGUGUUCUUGGAGAUGGACCCGGCCUACGUCCGGUACACGCUCAAGUCCCUGGUGGGCCCCAUCUACGAGGAGAAGGUCCGGGAAUUCGUGGUGGAGAAGGAGGCGAUGACGGAGGCGAACCAGGCGGUGUUGUUGCAGCUGGUGCGGGAUUUCCACGUGGAGGAAGCGGACAUGCAGCGCAUCGGUCUGAAAUAUUACGGGGAGAAGGCUCGGGGCUUCUGGGAGAAGAAGCAGGAGUUCAGCGAGGGGGAGUUGGGGGAGCUGGCCUCGCUCAAGAGCUUCCUCCUCCUGUCCGACCGGGACGUGGACCAGAUCCACGAGCCCCUCGCCCGCGACGCGUUCCUCCAGGCCGUCCAAGCCGACUUUGCGCGACAAAAGAAGGCCGCCGAGGCCGACCUCACCGCCGCGCCCUCCGCCCCGCCC